AUGAACAGCCCGGGAUGGACGAAACACUACCCAGCAAUGGAGUCCAGGCAGGCAUGGAAGCUAUAUAAAAGCGAAGCGCUGAGAAAGCACCUCAACAUUGAUGAAGCAGCGCUCGCAACCUUCGCAAAGGACUUUGAGAACGCUUUGACCGAGCGACUCACGAACGGUCGAACUAGAACGAGAGCAAAUAUGUCCGUGCAACAACUCUUGAAGGCAGCAGAAUACAACACGAAAUACAACGCCGAGGCCAGAAAAGUUAAUCCCGAGCCCCCGGAAACCUCCCUCUUCCACUCCCCAGCCACAGACUCGCAGAUUGAAGAAGCCGAAAACCGUCUCAACACCACCCUGCCAGCCGACUACAAGACCUUCCUCCGCCUCAGCAACGGCUUUGGUUCUCCAUGGGGCCACCCACUAGGCGACCUCCAAACACCGCUCCAUCCCGUGGAUAAACUGCGCUGGCUCGACCCCGCAGAAGAAGACUACUUCACAGAUCUCACGCUCGACCUACCCACUCGAUGGGAUAAAUGGCCUUUCGCACCCCCUCCAACUAAGAAGGCCUAUGCUUGCGACGAAGAGACAGAGCAUUUCCUUAUCGGUCGCGCAUUAGAAAUCGGUACGCAGGAGAUUGACAACACAUGGCUUCUCCCGCCUUCUACCAUCACGCCGAUAAAGCAGGCUGUGAAGAAGAUCCUAGAUGAUGAGACACUUGGUGAACGUGAGAAAGACAGUUCCAUGUCACGGAAACGCAGCCCGGGUUGA